CUGGACACGACGAAGAAGGAAUUGGGGUGGCGGUGAUGGAUCACGGGGAGCCCAGCGGUGGGACGACACCGGAGUCCAAUGCGAACCCGUUUACGCUUCCGUCGGACGAAGAAGUGUUUCGCAUGCGCGAUGACAUCAAGAAGAAAAAGGAGGAGGAACGCGUCCGCAAUUCCAAAUUGAAAAUCCACGAGAAGAUCACGAAUUCAUCACAACGCGGCAACAUCCGCCGCUUUCAUUUUGAGGAAUCGUCACAAGAUUUGGGUACGAUCACUCAGUCUAAGCAAACUCGAGGGCUCGUCGCAGCAGCAACGGCGGCCAUAUCAAGUGACCGAAGGCGAGAGAAGGAGAACAUGACGGACUUCAUAUCCAAGAAACGCGAGAUGUUCCUCGUCCAGAUGUCGCUCGACACAAAACGGGAAGAAAUUCGAAAACUUGAAGAGAAGGCGCAACUGAAGGAAGAAGCGCUAAAAAAGAGCGAGUUGAUGCUGGAGGAAGACGCAGUGCGAUUUGACACGUUCUUGAAAGAAAAUGACAAAAAAGCCCACGAAGCUAUAAAAAAGGCUGAAAAAGAAACCAAGGCGAAGGCCGACCGAGUCCAGGAAAUCAAGAAGCUCAACCAACAGAUCCAGCUCGUGCAGAGCGACAUGUCGAAACUCAAGGAGCAGCUGGAUGACUGCUUGAAGUACAAAGCAUUCCUGGACGAGUUAACGCCGCCAGAAUGGGAAUCCGACCAAAAGGACAAAAAGAAAAAGAGACAGCAGGAGCGUCUUCGGAAGAAGAAGGCAAAAAUGUUGGCCGAGUGGGAAGCUAUCAAGACCAAGGCAGUCGCCGAGCAGGAAGAACGUGACCGAGUCGAGCGCGAUCGUAAUGUUGACAAAGAUGGAAAAGCCAAGAAGAAACCAGAGAAGUCCAAGAACUCUGUGCCCCCCCAAAGCGUCCUGCCGCCUAUGCCCAACUUGGAUGAGUUGGCUGUCACGAGUAGUGGCGAAGAACUGCCCAUGUACUUUCAGAACCCACAGCAACUGCUCGAUAUAUUUACCGCGUUGGAGGAGAGCAACUUGUUCUUGAUCCAAAACAGUCAAGAGACGGAGCAGUCCCUGGAAGAACUCAAGCAAAACUAUCGCGAAACCAAGAAAAAGAUGAACAAGAAGACCCAAGUGCUCAAGCAAAAUAUCGACGACUUGAAAGACCAAAUCGCAGUUGAAGACGCCAAGGCCAACCACUUGCGGCAACGCGCGCAGGCAGGAACGGGCGAGAACGUCCAGGAGAAAUUGCUCAAGGAGUUGCACGAGAAAGUCCUGGUGGUGUACCAGCGCUGUGGCUUCGAAGCUGACUCGAAUCCGAACACGUUGUUCAUGCUGACGGACUUGGAAGCACGGCUUGAAGACUUACUCAGCGCUAUUGAACACAUGCCAGAAGACUACGUGGUGAAGGCCGAGAAGGAGAAGGAGAAAGAACGACGGGAGCGCGUGCGCCAAGAGCGCAUUUCACAGCAAACCAAAAUGUACGAGGAACGCAUGAAAAAGUCCAUGGAGCGAAGCAUGCAGGCUCCCAAGAAGAGGAAGGGCCGCCAAGUCAUGUGGCGAUCCCAGCCACAGCGGCAGACCAAGCAGCAAGAAAACGAGAGCAGCGUGAACGAUGACGACCAAGCCGACCAGCAGCACUUCAAGUGGUAGUUGGCAAUUGAUUCAUCGUCGUACUAGGGUCGUAGUUGUGUGAUAAUGCUCACAAAGCCAAUGUAAACCAAGCGAGUUGUCUGCAAGUUCGUGCGCAGCAUGGCGG